GCUCCCGGCCCGCCGUUGGCUGGAAGCUCCUCAGGGCCAUGAUUAUCACCUUGUCUGUCUUCACCAAUUCUCUACAACCAGCCGCUUCCCCUUCCCCUUCCCCACACCGCAUGCUUGGGGUUGUCAAUGGGCCACAAUCGAGAAGGAACAUGACGUUUUCUGUUUGAAGUCCACAAGCGGCCAUGACCAGAGCAUUGUCCGGCCCGACAACCAAGAAUACCCACUCGCCGGCUCGACGAGCCUCCUGCCUGUCACCGACGACAGCCUGCCACUACGACGGCGCCACCACCGCACCGAACCCAUCCCAUUGACCGACGGUAUAGGGUCUUACCGAGAUGUACUGGCCCAUCGGGACCCCCCGAAUCUUCGCAACAAGCAGCAGAUCUGGUCCUGCUUUCAACCUUGUCGUCUCCCAAGAUGGGCUGCCCAAUCCCUUUGAUAAUCGACCGACUGACGAGCCCUCAUCGUACCUCAAUGCGCAGUCGCAACACUCCCAACAGCGCGACGACAUAGAGCUCACUACUCCUCUAACACCAGUUACACCCGCCAUUCAAUCUGUCGACCAUGACGAUUCCCACGGCUCUGAAACAGCUCGGCUGUCGCCUCGACUGAACGUUAAUAUUCCCUUGAAAGAUCCCGUUCUCGCGUUGCGCAUAUCCCGCCCCGGUCAUCUUUUUGCCGUGAUAACCUCGACGUCAAUGACGAUAUGGCAGGCCAAGCCUACAGUGAUUCUAGCCGUUGUUGUCCGUUCGGAGUCCUCCUUGUCGACUUACGGCGAAAAUGUCGACCUUUUACUUCGCCCCGACUCGGCCAUCUUCGUGGUUCGAACAAGCCUAGGCUAUCUCAUUACAUACUCUCUGGCGAUGGACUCCGAAGCGCAAGUCUACAAGCCAUACUUUCCGAGUUACGCAAAUAUCCAGCGACGUCGCCAAAACCACCAUGGCGGGCCUGGGAGCACGGCUCCGGAUCAGUAUCUUUGGGGUCCUGGUGAAGGCCAAGGGGUCCGUGACGUGAGCGUUCGCUUCAGGAUGGUUAUCAAAGUCGACGCCGGCAUAGAAAGCGCCCUGGCACUGGAUGACGAGCUGGUUGUGACUACGCGCAAACCAGCGGCUGUUCAGUGCAUCCGUUGGACCCCGGAUCAAAGCGGCAGCCAGACGAAGACAGAGAUUCUCAGUCGAAUGGGGUGGCUGGAUAAGAAGAUUACCGUCGUCGAGAUGACCUAUGAUCGACCCAUGAACCUAUCGACUUGGAUCACAAGUGACGGCAAGGUCUAUGCAGUCCAGCGUUUGCAUCCGCGCGACCAGUCCCAAGGAAACUCACAUGCAGUGGACCCCAAGAAGUUAUUUAAAGGUCACUGUUUUCACACACCGAGCCAACCGGAAGAAGCCGCCAAAAGAGCCGUCAUUAACGCUAGAUUCUCCUUGGUUGCUGUUGGAUGCGCAGAUGGUUGUAUCCGUGUCUAUUCUGCUCGAGACUAUGCCGGCAACAUUCCGCCCUCGCAUACACACACCAUCCCGGUGUCAACGUCUGUUUCUGGCUCAAUCACUACUUUGAGCUAUUCCCCUGACGGAUACUGUCUAUUUGCCGGCUUCGAAAACGGCUGGGCUACCUGGAGCGUCUACGGAAAGCCCGGCAGCCAUAGUUUCGGCGCGCAUGAAGCGAUCAUUGACGCCAAUGGUGAGAAGUGGAUCGCUGGUGUAGGGGAUGCUGUCUGGCUCGGGAGCGGCUCAGAAAUACUCAUCACGCAUCGUCAGCACGAGGCGAUUUGGGCGCUAGAAAUGGCCAGGAGUGCAGUGGUCGGCAACUACAACGCAGCGAAUCUCAUGCGCACGGUAUUGCAGACUAGCACAAACGUCAUGAUAUACCGUGGAUAUGACCUGCCAGACCUGGCGGGUAUCUCGGCAGAGCCACAUUUAUGGCAUACGACAAAGAUACCCUCGGCUUAUCUUCUUCAUCAAUGGCCGAUUCGGCACACUGUCGUUUCACCGGACGGACGGUAUGUUGCGGUGGCUGGACGCCGAGGUCUGGCUCACUACAGUGUCAACAGUGGCCGGUGGAAGACAUUCGCCAACGAGGCCAUGGAAAAUGAGUUUCAGGUCAGAGGCAGCAUGUGUUGGUACCAGCAUAUUCUGGUGGCUGCGGUGGAGGCCAACAAGGCGCAUGAACUUCGCCUCUACUCUAGAGAGACGGGCCUCGACAGCUCUCAAGUGCUACACACUCAGCCGUUACCGGCACCGGUGGUGUUGGUGACCACAACAGGGGAGGAUUCCUUGCUUGUUUACACAUACGAGAAUCUUCUUUACCACUUCAUCUUCGCGCCUACGGGCGGUUCGAUUAGGCUGGUUCAGCUGGGACAGAUUGCGUUCCACGGAAUAGUUCGAUCGCCCGCUAGAGUCCGUGGACUGAGCUGGAUUUUGCCAGAUAGUCAACUCGUCGACGGCGAUCCGUCGCAAGAUGUCGCUGUUGCGUCGGUCUUGUUUCUGGUUGAUGCCAAACUGGUGUUGCUUCAACCCUCGUUUAACAGCGAGGGAAACCUGAAAUACGACAUGAAAGUUAUUGCUCAAAACGUGGAAUUUCAUGUAAGCAUGAGAGACCAGCCGCAUUUUGAUGCCAUAGCUACGCAAGCAGAAGAGUCUCUGUCGACUGGGGCAGAUGUGACGCUCCGGAACUCACUCUGGGUGUUUGAUGGCCAUGAAUUUAAGCUCUGGCCAGACAUACAAGAGGUGCUACGAGCAGCAUCCAAUGAGGCCCAGCGCGACAUGCCGAAGACAAUAUCAGUCCCUUUGGACUAUUAUCCACUUUCAACCCUUCUGAGCAAGGGUAUAAUUCUUGGAGUCGAAGCGGAUCUUGUUCAGAGGCGGGACAUUAGUUUCUCAUUUUUCCGCUUCGCUAUCAGAACACAUCUGUUUCUACCCGAUAUCUUGCGCUUCUUUCUGACUGAGGGCAGGACCGUAGACGCGGUCAAGCUGUCGGAACAGUAUCAGAAGUUAGAGUACUUCGCGCAUGCCCUAGAGGUCUUGCUUCACAAGGUUCUGGACGACGAAGUGGAUUCUGGACCGAGCCCGGAGGAGGCGAUCCUGCCACGAGUUCUGUCGCUGCUGUCGUCUUUCAAGCAGUACCUAGACAUUGUGGUACAGUGUACAAGGAAGACCGAGGUGAGGCAGUGGCGGACGCUGUUUGCAUACCUCCCGCCGGUGCAAGAGCUGUUUGAAGAGUCGCUUCAGCGAGGCUCCCUCAAGACCGCUGGUGGCUAUCUCAUCAUCUUACACACACUGGACGAGCUGGGGUCUGCUUCAGAGCAAACAGUGCGAUUGUUGUCGAGAGCAAUGAAAGAGGGGGAUUGGGAUUUGUGCAAGGAACUGGCACGUUUCUUAGCGGCCAUGGAUGAGACGGGCGACACACUGCGCGAGGCUAUGGAGGGAGUGAAUAUUACACUGAGGAGCAAUGAGGACCGGUCUGGGAUCAUGAGUCGGCUUGAUGUCCCAAACAGUAGAGGUGUCAACGGUCUGGGCCUGAAGUAUGCAGAACAAAGCGACGAAAUGGAGUCGGAGGGCCAAUCCACCAGCGAUGCUGCAAGCUUCAGUUCUGAUGGUCGCUAGACGUCUGUGGGGGGAGAGCAGACAGAUUUAGUAUUCCUGGAGGAUAUCUUUGCUCUUGGACCCGCGGAGAGAGGUAGCAUAGGAUGAAGAAGAGAAAAGGCGGAGAAAAACCCCUACUUAAGAGUUGCAGUGGCUUCAUGAUGGUCAGUCGGAAUAUCCUCGAUGUGAA